GAUUUAUUUUUGAUUGUUGGAUCUGUGGAUUUAGAUGAUAGCAUAUCACAGAUGGUGUGCAUAAAGGAGCAGAUAAUCGAGUGCCGCAGUACUCGACUGCGUGAUAACUCGAAUACAGUACCAAUGUUGUUUGCGAUAAACAAAACGGAUUUGCCGAGUGCUAAAUGGGAGAUCGACUAUGAUGAGAUUUUUGGAAAAAUUUUCGCACUGGGCAGAAUGCCGAAGCUGGCAAGUGCAUCCACUAGUCUCCAGAAGUAUGAAGCACUGGUGAGUGACAGCGAUACGGAUGACGGCGUUGCGAACAAGGUGAUGCGGCGCCUGAAGAAGCGCUUCUCCAGAGAGAGUAGCAUGCAACAACGACUUCAGCAACUGAUUAGCUUAAUCCAGCACACCCCUGUUAAACCAGCUCGCCUUAGUAACACUUUUCCUCAACGUUCCAGUUCUGCUGCUGAAUGCCGCUCUGUGGCCGAGAAAAUGAGUGAGACAACCGAGAAUUCCAAAACGGAGAAGCCAUCGAAAGAGGAGCAGCACGAUGAGGAUGAGCGGAGGAAGCCAAAAGAGCUGACUGCGCGGUCGUCGCCGACGAAGAAACCCAGACAAAUACUCAAAUCAAUCAAAUCACUGGAUUUGAAAAAAAUAGAUUUCAAUUCGUCGGAAAUAUGCAGCUCGUCGAGAACAAGGAUAUUGCAGACGCUGGGAGCUGACGAUAAAAAAUGCUCCCUCUCUUGA